UCAGCUUUAGUCAUGAUCAGCUGACCGAACUUAGUAAACAAAGAGUGCUUCUAGAUUCAAGAGUCCUUCCUCCAUAUCGUUGUGUUGCUUUCCUUUGCCAGUCUUUAUAAGUGUUCUGUGUCACCUGUGUGAGCAUAAACAAGUUCCAAAUGGCUUCUGGAUCGAGAAAAUUUGGCUUAGAUGAUAACAAUUCUAAUUUUUCCUUCAAUGAUAACGAUGGGAUGACGAGAGAGUUCCUGAAUACAUCCAGUGCUACCUACCUUGCCUCUGAUAAGUUAAUGCCCGGUCCUGAGAUGGAGGCAGCAAGAGAGGCUGAGUUGCGACGUCAGGAAGUGCUACGACAAAUGAGAGAUAUAGAAAAUCGCACUCUUCAGUCUACCAAAAACAGCAAAAUAAUGCUGAGUGAGAGUGAAAAAGUUGGGCUAGAAACAGCACAGGAGUUGGUGAAGCAGCGAACUAGCUUCUCAUUUGGGCACCAUUGUGACCUUAAGGACACUCAGAAAAACAUCAAUGGAAUUAAGAGUGUGUUCAGUAGUCUUAAAACAUGGUGGUCCACCCCUAAACAAGGAUCGCAGAGUUCCAAUCCUCAGAAAGAAUCUCCUCAGCCAGGAAGUCCAACAGAUCCUUCUAAUACAGAACAGAUGCUGAAAAAUCCCCACUUGUCAUCAGCUUAUCAGAAGAGUCAAGCAUCACUUGUCUCCAGUCAGCAGUCAUCUACCCAUCCAGCCCUACAACUGAGAGGGUUUGAUGACGUCCAGAAUGAUAGCUUUACUCAAGAUUUUCGUGAAACUUCCAAGAAAGUGAAUUUACAACUCGAUGCAGAUCUUGAUGAAAUGUCUCAAGGCUUGUCUCGCCUCAGAGGUUUAGCAAUGGGUCUUGGUGAAGAGAUUACAGAUCAGAAUGAUCUCAUUGACCGUAUCCAUGGCAAAGCUGAAAAAGUGGAGGCCACCAUAGGCUCCCAGAACACCCAGAUGAAGAAAAUUCUGAAGAGGUGAAACUUGAUUGGGGAGUAAAAUGAUGUAUAAUGAUGUUUCCAUAAGUACAUCUUGUAAUCAUUCAUACAUGCAUACUUCAUGCUUUGAUAUAUAUAUAUAUAUAUAUAUAUAUAUAUAUAUAUAUAUAUAUAUAUAUAUAUAUAUAUAUAUAUAUAUAUAAACACACACAGUGGUAGAUUGGGUUAUGUUUUCCAUGGUAUAUGCCUUAAAUGACUUGUGCCCUUUCCUGACACAGAUUUUGCAUUGACAUGCCCCUACAGUACAAGUGGCACCAUAGCAUCACCACUGUUGUCUUUCCACCCAAAGCCUCAAUCCCAUCUAAGCUCACGCUCACAGUUGACUCACUACUUGAUGAAUCAGUUUUCCUACCUACAUUUCGAACAAGUGACAUUUGUCAUUCUUUUUUCAUGGCAGCUGUCAUUGGCUAGAGCUGCCUCUAAUAUGUACCUAAGGUUGCCUCUUCACAUCCCCUUUCCCAUCCUAAUCUUCCACAUCCCAAGGCUUCUCAUUCCUUCUUCACCCUUUUCCCCAUAUCUCUCUCUCUCUCUCUCUCUCUCUCUCUCUCUCUCUCUCUCUCUCUCUCUCUCUCUCUCUCUCUCUCUCUCUCUCUCUCUCUCUCUCUCAGGACAUUAUAUACACAGAGAGAGAGAGAGAAACUUAGAAAGGUGAUAUUUAUAUAUCAAAAUUGACUGAGCUAACAUGCCAUUCUAGCUAGAAAUAAGGAUAGGAAGGCUGCUUCAUCAAGUAGGGAGCGAUCUGUGCUUUGUGUUGUGCCUUACUUAUUUCAUCAAUAUUGCUUUAUUUUGUGACCAUUCUACCUUGAAAAUACCUCUUAAGUAAGUGAAAAGUGCCAGUGCAAGUAGUGGGAGUGUGAUAACCAUUGAAGAAAAGAAGGAAAUCAUUGCAAAAUAUGCUUCAGAUAGAUACCUCAUUAUUAUUGCUCUGUGUAUAUUCAUUUGGUUGCUAUUAGGAAUGAAGAUCAGACUUGCACCCAAAUCAAGUUGUACCGUGGCUCAGAGGAUGGAUUAAGGACAUAACCCAAGGUGACACUGUGUGUAUAUAUGUGGAUUCAUACAUAAGAAAUAUAUAUAGAGUGGAACCUUGACUUACAAAUGCCUCUACUUAUGAGAAAUUCAAGAUAAUUGCAUAACUUCGUUGAUUUUUUGCUUCGACUUGUGAGCCAAAAUCUCCAAUUGCCUUCAUGUAUGCUAGUUAGCAAAGUAAGCACCACAUCCAUUCAGUAUCCCAUGUCCAAUGUGUUCAGUUCAUUUUUUUGCUGUGGAAGCAUCUUUCAUGCUGCACUAGCAUUUUGUAUUUUUAUAUAUAUUUCUUUUUUUUAUUAUUUUCUGAUCAUUGAUCUUAAGCCUACCUCCUCCAUCCUCCUCUCCUGCCAACAUCUUCUAUUACUACAUAUUGUCUGAUCUCCAAGCUAAAUACAGUUUUAAAAAAGUUAAUUUUUUAACAUUCUCUUUUGUUAUAUGAUUUAUUAUCUUUUAAAUUAUUUUUGUUAUUUACAAAUAAUUUUUCUUAUAUAAAGAUGCAAAAAAAAAAGUUUUUUGGGGGUGGUGAAACAGAUUAUUGGCAUUUCAAUGGAGAAAAUUUAUUUGAGAUCAGAGCAAAUUGAGUUACAGGCUGUGUCACAAAACUUACUAAACUUGCAAGUCAAAGUACCACUCAAAAGAAUAUAAACUAAAAUAAGCAACAAUAAAUAUAAUUGGAUAAAGGAAUCACCAUAUGUACACUCACCUAUUAUUGUAUUCAAAUUUAUUUCUAUGCCUUAUUAAUCAUGAAUAAAUUCUCUUCUCACUGUGAAUGAGUGUGAUUUUGUGAAGGUUUUCUUGCAUUUCAUGGAUUAUCACCCUGAUGUCAUUCUGUUUAGCUGCAUAUGACAUACUAUCUUGUUGGUUCACUGGUGCUAUCUGAAUAAGCUUAGUCUGAAAGUUACUCACAAGUUCUUAGCAAUUGCAACUGAACAUGAUGAACCUCAAUGUUUCUUUGACAUCAUCUCAUAACUACUUUGCAGUGAACAUCAUAUUAUGGGACCAAAUAAUCCAUGCUGUUAAAUACCAUUCUUAAUCUGUCUAAUCUUCCUUGAUACAUGUUCCUAGAGUGAUUUAGGCAAAAAUCUUCACUUGCGUUUGACUUAUUAUACUCUUAAUUCCUGCACACUCAAAAAUCUCUCUCUCUCUCUCUCUCUCUCUCUCUCUCUCUCUCUCUCUCUCUCUCUCUCUCUCUCUCUCUCUCUCUCUCUCUCUCUCUCUCUCUCUCUCUCUCUCUCUCUCUCUCUCUCUCUCUCUCUCUCUCUCUCAUAUAAUGUUAUGCUAUCCUUCUAAACUUUCCCCUCCUACAUAAAAAGAUUUCACGAUUUCUUCACUUUAACAAUGCAUUCCACUUUAAAAAGAAUUGUAAUUUGGUAAUUCUGUGUAACAUUAUCCCAUGCAUUCAUUUUUGCAGAUAGGUGUCUGGUAUACAAUAAAUUAGUUAUGGUAUAAUUCA